CUUAAAUUAACACAUCACAUCAAUAUCAUUUAUCUCCCACCACACGAACAACAGUCAUUAUGGUUGCUGAUAAUACUAAUGAUAACUUGAAUGAUGAUACAACAGUUUUAAAGUUAUGAACAAACAUUAUUCCUAUGAUUUACAGGAAUAAAACUAUUCAUAUCACUGCUAAAACAAUUGGUGUGUAUGUCUUCAGUUAACUUAUUAAGGAAAUUCUGAGCACUUUAUUAAUCCUGUAAAGGACACAAACGUUAAUUUUACCUUCUGUUCUCGGAUCAGUGAUAGUAAGUGUUAUGAAAUUUUGAAAGGAAAAGAGGCAAUGUUCAAUAGACUUCGGUACCGUGGUGUUUAGCAGGAUUGCUCCUAUUAGAAGCCUAGAAAGAAAAGAAACCCAACAAAUUGUUUAGCAGUUUCCACUAUUAUAUGGAAUAUGAAAUGUACUAGUUCAGCCGGUUUUUUUUUGUAGUCACUAAAAAGGAAUCCCAACUUCAUGUAACUGAGGUAAGUAUACGACAAACGUCAAAGUGAGAAGGUUUUGAUUUAUGUAUUAGUCCCUAAUUUAGAUUAGUAAUUCCAAGUAUUUUUUAUUACUAUUGACUUUAAACUGAAGCUGUCAAAACCAUAUACCUUUCUCCUUUGUCUGUUUGCCAUGGUUUUUCCAAAAAUAGUUGCAUCUAGAAAGUAAAUGUCUGUUUACCCUUAAGAUUUCAACUAAACGAUGGACAUGUAAAUGGCAAGUACUAAGUCUUGGUCUAAGUUAUCUUGAAUAGAUUUAUCGAAAAGUCGUCUGAGCGCUUUUUUCGUCAUACGUCCAUCUUAUUUCAUUUCGUCGAGUAAUUUGUGGGUCAUUAAAACUGAGCAACCACAUUCUUGCAUAUAUAGCUGUUAUUUACUAUUUGUUUGAAAGCCAUUGGCAAUCGCUAGUUGAUCAGACUAGGUAAGUUUCGUAAAAAAUGAAACUAGGGACAAUAAUUGAAAGCCAGUUGAAAACGAUCGUUUCAACUUAUAUCUUGAAGUGUCUAUAAUUAUCGUCAACUAUUCCUUUGUUUAAAGUUAUGGUGAAAAGUAAAAAAGACUUUCAAAAGGUUCGAGUUAAAGUUGGACGAAAAUUAAAAUGCCGCAACGAGACAGUAAUCAAUUUGCAGAAGAAGAGAAUAAUCCUACCUAAAGAACGUGAAAUUAGCAAGGUGUGCACAGUUAUUAAUUAUAUAUGAUGAAUAACCUAGAUACAAGGGGAUGGAACCAAUGUUCAGAUCUUUGAAAGUUCCAUUCAUUCACUGAACAUUGAAGAUAGCGCUCUUCGCCAGUCCGCUUUACGGGCUCUAAAUCGUCUCUUGGAUCCACUGGCAAAGGGAAUAACCACAAUUCCAUUUUUGGAUAAAAAUGUUUUAUCUGUAUCCAGCAACUUUAUACCAAAAGUAGUCGAUGGACAACAGAAAUUGUUGGGUUCUACUGCGAAUACGGGGUGUGAUAUUCAAAUAGGAAACUUAAUAUUCGUACUUGGGCGAUUUUGUAGACGGGUUGAUGACCCUCGUUUCUGCCAUGAGAUUUGCCAACUAUUCGUUAAGAUUGUACACGUAAGUUUAUGAAUUUUGAUAAUGUUCGUAUAUCCACUCUACUUGUCUAUACAAGGAUUAUAUGAUUUUGGCUCGCCAAUUUAUCUCUUUUAUAUUCCCUUGUAAUGUUAGGUUUGUUUUUCUUUUGUGAUCAUAUGUUAGCUGGUUUUCCUCAGCAUUCUAAUAACGACGUUUGAUUUGUGUAAAAGACAUGGGUCAGUUAUUCGGAUAUUCACUUUGCUCAAAUUUGAUUAGUCUACUGUUUUUAGUGACAGUGAUUGUGUACCUAAGCUCAAUCCCAUGAGACUUUCAUCACUUUUGAGUCAAAACACUAAUAUUAUUCAUGAAGCGAUUGAAUUCAUUUAACUAAAUAAUUCUAGACAUAAUUGGUAUAUUUGUCCUAGUAACUUACGGUCUAACUUCUUUUUUUACCUUUUCUAGUGAUUAAUAUUUCUGGGUGACGGAUAAAAAUUGUAUCCCAAAAUAUGGUUUUGCUUGGUCUGGUUGUCAUGUCUGUGAUGUUAGUCGAUAUCACUUGUUCGAUUAACCGAUCAGAAUUCUGAUUAUAAUUUCUCUACCCUUCUGUAUACCAUUUCGGCUAUCACUAGCGCCCUAGGCUUCCACCAAUUGUGCGCUUUGACUGAUAAGAAUAACACUGAGUUUGAGUGGCAAAUAGCGCCUACUUCUGUUGGUUCGUCGAUUCUCAGUCUUCGUUCUGAAAACAGAACACAGUAGUCAAACUUCUGUUGUAUAUUCCAACCAUCCACUAUAUCUACCCUAAACAUUAUUUAAUUUACAUAGAUAAAUUAUCAAACUGCAACUCAUCCCGAAUAUGAAAUCAUACUUUAUAUACAAUCGUGCCAUAAGUGCAGGGGAGCAGAGCAAACAGUAUAUAAUUGAUUAACAAUUAUUAAGGAACAAUAAAUCGUAUAAAAAUAGUUAAUAAUUCCACUGAGAAAUUACAGUAGGAAUAUAUGAAUACAGUAAUAUGGUUGUUUACUAAUUAUGCAACAAAAGUAUAAAUCGUGAUAGUAAUUCGUAAAUGGGUCCCAUGAGUUACAUUUUCCUCUGUUCAUUUCUCCACAACACUAUUGUCUAAGCUGUUAUUAUCUUUAAGUCAUUCCGUUUCAAUGGGUCACUAUGUACCGCCAUAAUACUGGAUUUGAGCUCAGCAAGAAGAAUGGGUUGUUUGCGUGUUUUGUUUUGGAUGGGAAUUUAUUAUUUUAAAUGUCGCUCGCCAAAAAACAUAUCUAAUUGCGAGUUUUUAGUCAAAUUACUUACUGAUAUAUCGAAAUGUGAAGAGAUAUUAGUCAUGAUUGGGUUCUGUUUGGUGUGGUACACCCCUCUUAAUAUUAUUUGCAAAUGGAACGAACUGAGUCAGCUGUCCUGUUAGUUUUUAAUUCCUUUCUUCUGUAGUCUUUGACGUCUGUUUAUCUCCUUCGGAGAUGUAUUCGAAAUUGUGCAGUGGUUUUGCGCACUUGGCUUCAGUCGGUAGGCAGUUGUUAAUUUGGCUUUUCAUGUGAAGUUUCCUAGUAUUGUUUAUGUUUAGUGAAUUACAGAAUUUCUCAUGCGAAUAUUAUGAUUUGCUCCUUCCAUAAUGGUAAGAGUUAUGCUACUUACUCUCAUGAGUUGUUUUCCAAUCUAUCAUUAUUUACCAAUUUUCAUACAUUGUUCCACUUUUCAAUAUAUAUAUGUUCCAGAUAGCAUAUACGCACCCAAAGGUAUCGGAUAUAAUAUUCGAAUUGGAUCAGGUUGUUCUCAAUCUGUUACACAGAAAUGAACUAGUUUGGAAAUUUUUCGGAUGCCACCUGUCUGCUUAUACAUUUGGUCUGCAUUGUAGGUUAAUAAUGACUAUGAGCAUAUUGUACCAACCAUUCAAUCGAAAAAAAUCAGUUUAUUCAGGAGUUUUCGAUUCACUUCAGCAGUCAAUACGUUUUCGAGCUUAUUCUCAUCUUAUCAUUCAAUGCUACAAUAAUUUAAGGCAGAAUCGCACUUUCAAAACUUUAUCGAAGUAUCGUGCAUAUUUGGUUCGAACUACGAUGGUUUAUUUGAAAGAUAAUCAAUAUACAGUAUCUCUGAGUUAUUCUCAAAGUCAUCAUCCUUGGUUAUACUGUUUACCGUAUUUUUCAAACCAAUAUAUUCAACUGUAUAUCCCUUUGAGGGGGUAUUACCUCAAGGAGUUGAUUGAUUUCCAUCCUACAUCACGUACUUUUGAUUCUGGUUUAUUCAGUGUUGUCAAACAGUCUCUACUAUUCCCUUCCUCAAUUAAAAACGUGAAUAAUAAACAUUCUCAGCAUAAACGGAAUGAGAAGAGUCAAAAGAGUUCUACAAGCGGAAAGAUUUCUGACAAUUCUUCGGUUGUUUAUAUUCCAACUUGGUGUCAAGAGGACUACGAUGACCAGGUUAUGAUACAUGGCUUGAUUGGUGAAGGCUUGGUUCUAUUGGAUGAACUAAAUGAAAAUCCGAAUGAGGAAGUAUUAAGCAGCCUGUACUACCUUCUUCGUGCUUUGCGUGUUGUUUUCGAAACAAAAGAAGUUAGUUUUUUCACUUCUUAUUCUAGUAUGAAACAUGAUUAUUCCGGUUGGAGAUUGGAUGUAAAUGAAAUUUCACCAGAUUUAUCUACAUCAUUGGAGCGUUUUUUGGACAAAUUUUAUUCAAUCUACCCGUUACAAUUAUCUCCUGAUUCUCUAUCACUUAUGUACAUAAAGUGUAAUAAACAAAAGUCACAAAAAAGUUUAAAUAAUCAAAUUGGAAAUUAUGCAUUUCUUUUAAACUCAUCCAAUGGACAAAAAUCAGUUAAUUUAACUAGUAAACAAUUUAAACAAGAACGUAAACGUAGAAAUAAACAAUUGAAACGUCAGUUGAAAAAUGCUAUUAAUGCUGGUGUUACUGGUGAUAAUAACAAUAAUAAUAAUAUUGAUAACGUUGAUGACCAUGAUGAUUCAACUGUUAUUGACGAUGGUCAUUCAAUUUCAACAACUAAUUCUAUUGGUUAUUCUACAAUAGAUACAUCCAAUUCUAUCAGAAGAAUCAAUGAUCCCUCUACAAAGGGUAAUAUGAAUAAUCAAAUAUUUUAUUGGAUUCAACUAAUCAAUCAAUCAGCUUUUGAACUAUUUACAUACAUUGAAUAUUAUUCAUUUAGAUGUUCAACAGCAAAUCAUCACUCUCCAUUUUUAUGGCCGCCACCAGAGAAUACUCAAGAGCGUUUAGUCACUCUGUGGUUUAACCAGUUAUCAUGUUUUGGUCCAUCUAACGCGACAACAGAGUUUUACCAUGAAAUCAGCUGUUGGUUACGUUCAUUUGAUUUGUAUUUGCUGUCACCUUACCGUUUUAAGUGGAAUGUAGAUAUAUCAACGCGAUUGUUUGUUUCACCAGUGAUAAUUUUCUUGGCGCAACUUUUCCAUCAAUUCGCUACUAAUAAUUCUAUUGAUGGUGACAAAUCCCUUAGUAAAAGAGAACAUUUUUUAACUGGUCGUUGUGCUGGUCUACUAACUACUGUCCUAACAAGAGAAUUACUUCGUCCUACUGAACAGAAAACUGGAUCAGAGAGAAAUCUAAUUGAUGUUGAUGAUGUGUCGGUUAGUAUGGAUGUUGAAUUCAGUUCUCAUGGGAUGGAAUACAAUGAAAUGUGGUUAUGGGACAAAUUACGUAGUUAUCUGUCAGAUGAAAUAAUUAAAUCUCCGCAUGGAUCAGUAUUUCCCACUUUGAUAAACUAUUUAGUUCAAUUUUCAUUGAAUCAAUCUCCACGUAUUUGUUACGCUCCCCCAUUAACUGAAGAAACAUUAAAUAUUGUACGAAAUCAAUAUCCUAGUUGCAAUAUUUCCAUUGGUAAUCUUAAAGAAAUACAAAUUGUAGAUAGUACUUGGACAGCUUGUCUUCUUCAACUCUAUCAUGUCAAAUAUUCACUGGCUGUAAAAUACGUUCGUGAAAAUAAAGAACUAUGCACAAAAUUACAUCUCACUGAAACAUAUUUGGACAAUUUAACUCCGUUGAGUGUUUUAAAUGAAAAACUAAACGUUCAAUAUGAUACUCAACUUUUGAAAAAUCAAACUGGUUGGCUUGUUCCUGGAUUUCUACCGAGAAUCACAGAUGGUCGAUACGCAUGCCCAGUAUUUUGGCGUCCAUUAAAAGACAAUCGGAACAAAAUAUUACCUUUAUUGUGAUGUACAUAAAUUAUAUUUGAUAAUCUUUGUUUUACAUUCAUUCUUACAGAUAUAUGAUCAUCCAUUCUCGAAGUCUGUAUUUUUGCGUAGUCUGAUUAUUUGAAUGUCUUCUGAAAAGAAUCCUAGAUAUUCCUAUUUACCUACCGUAGGGAACCAGUCAACCGAC